UUGCAAUGGGUAUUGCUGGCACAGAUGUUGCAAAGGAAGCCUCAGAUAUCAUCCUAACAGAUGACAAUUUCAGUAGCAUUGUGAAGGCUGUAAUGUGGGGACGUAACGUCUAUGACAGUAUCUCCAAGUUCCUGCAGUUCCAGCUCACUGUUAACAUUGUGGCUGUGAUCGUGGCUUUCACCGGCGCAUGCAUUACCCAGGACUCCCCUCUAAAAGCUGUACAAAUGCUGUGGGUCAAUCUAAUCAUGGACACCUUUGCCUCACUUGCUUUGGCCACCGAACCUCCAACAGAGGCUCUAUUGCUAAGAAAGCCAUAUGGCAGGAACAAACCUCUUAUCUCCCGUACCAUGAUGAAGAACAUUCUGGGCCACGCUGUUUAUCAGCUUACUCUCAUAUUUACGCUUCUUUUUGUCGGUGAGAAAAUGUUUAAGAUCGAUAGUGGGAGGAAUGCACCACUUCACUCUCCUCCUUCAGAGCAUUACACCAUUAUCUUCAACACCUUUGUCAUGAUGCAGCUUUUCAAUGAAAUCAACGCACGGAAAAUCCAUGGCGAAAGAAAUGUGUUUGAUGGCAUCUUCAGAAAUCCUAUUUUUUGCACUAUUGUCCUGGGUACCUUUGCUAUUCAGAUAGUAAUUGUCCAGUUUGGAGGAAAACCAUUUAGCUGUUCUCCUCUGCAGCUUGACCAAUGGAUGUGGUGUGUAUUUAUUGGAUUAGGAGAACUUGUAUGGGGUCAGGUCAUUGCAACCAUCCCAACAAGUAGGCUAAAGUUUUUAAAGGAGGCAGGGAGGCUCACUGAGAAGGAGGAGGUCCCUGAAGAAGAACUCAAUGAAGAUGUUGAAGAAAUUGAUCAUGCAGAGAGAGAACUUCGCCGUGGACAAAUUCUCUGGUUCAGAGGGCUCAACAGAAUCCAAACCCAGAUCGAAGUAGUCAAUACUUUCAAGAGUGGCACUUCCUUUCAGGGGGCUCUAAGGAGACAGUCCUCCGUCACAAGCCAGACCCAGGAUGUAACCAAUAUUUCUAGCCCUAGUCACGUAUCGUUAUCCAAUGCUCUUUCCUCUCCUACCAGCACAUCUGCUGCUGCGGCUGGGCGUGAGUGUGUAUUCUUAAUGCAUCAGACCUACAGAGAUGCCAACUUACGUAGCAGUCAUUUGAGACUAAGCUACUUUGCCCUUUCCCAUUUUGCCCUGUUAUGUUUGUUAGUUCACACAAACCCAGAAACACAUAACAAGGAUUACUUUGUGUACAGUAGAUACUCUCCAUGAUUCAUUACAAGUUUUGUUAAUUUACUGUUAGGACAGGAAUUUCUAGUCAUUUUUUAUCCAGUGUAUGGAGAUUCAGAUUUUAGUUGAGGCUUCUGUGUCAUGUUUUCUCAGUCUUAUUGGAUAUAUUUUCUACUGCUUAUAAAAUAUGUACUUUAAAUUAUUCUACAAAUAUUAAGCAAUACAUCUUGUCAGAUAAAAGAUCAUUCCAUUUGGAAGACUGUGUGUAAUAUAGGUCGCUCAUGUCCAAGAAAGAUGUCCUC